UAUGAUUUUCUCAAGUCAUCCUCCUGACCUCCUGCGCUCUUCAACUGCGCAUUGAUGGACGCUCUGGGCUCCAAGAGAGAGUACAAGCGACGUCAUCACGGCAAGACCAUCAACUUUGUGGCCCCAGGAGUGGAGAGACAAGCCCGGCGAGGGAGACAAGGUCUCCUGUAUGGCACAACCAGCCAACACCUCACCUCCACUGGACACAAUGGAAGACAUUCUCACACACUCACUGGACAGAGUUCUUGGGAGAAGUCAAAGACAGCGAAAGAGCAAAAGGAUGCAGAAGAGGACCUAACAAGUCACAUGGAAGCAAAGCAACAAGCUAGAGUCCAACUAGCUGAGGAGAAAAGAAAGUGGACCCGCAGUGGAACUCUUCUGGCGAGAGGCGACGCCCCAAUCUCACGGCAGGGAGAGAGACCAUCUGUGAGAGAGGAGGAGGCUGGGUACCCACCCCUCGGGAGGCCAGGGGGCGGGGCUCCAAUGAAGUCACGUGACGGUCAGGUGGAUGCACUGAUGAGGGUCCAUCCAGAGACGAGAUUCCAGACACACCUCCGCAGAGAGGUCGAGAACUCUCUGAGGUAUAAAGGAGCAGUGGAGGGUGAGACAGGGGACCAAUCUACACUGAUGAGGUCAAUGUCUGAGGAGGAGAGAGAGAGUCAGAGAAGAUCGCAGCAGUCUCGAUACGCCAGGAAACUUCGUGAGUCCACUCACUGUGGGGGUGGCCCCUGUGUGAUUGGUAAUCAUCUCACAGAAGAUCAGAUGGAGGAGGCUGUUGAGAGAAAGAGACAAGAGAGAGUGGGGUCUCCCCUCAGCUACUUUCCGUGGGGUCACAGCAGUCCUCACAGGGACAAGAGCGGGAAACUGAUUGCCAGACGACAGCCGAGACCACACCCACCACAGAAGGAGGUUAGAUGA